AUGCUUUUAAGUUAUUGUUUUAGAGUGAUUGCAAAUGGCGUUUACGGUUUUGCUCUGCCGUCGCCACCGCCCCUAAAGCACCCUCCUCCCGUGACUUUACUUAACUCCAGCUUCAAUCGCACCGCAAUCUUUGACCCAGACUGCGCCGUAAAACGAAAUGAUGUCUCCGUGAGGUUCGGUGGUCCUGCCGUUGAGUCGAGUGAGGUUGAAAGAAACUUCCAGAUAGCUAUAAAGUAG